AUGGGUCAAAAUAUUGAUAAGAGAAGCUAUAGACGAGAGCAUAGCGAGCUUUACAUGAAGCUCAUACAAUAUUAUAGAGACGGAAUGGAUGAUGAUGCACAGAGCCCAACUUCUUCCGAGCAACAAGCAUCGUCAGAGGAUGUGGUCAAAGUCUUUAUCAGAAAAAGGCCAAUGUUUGAGAGAGAUCUCAAAGCAGGAGAGUACGAUGUAGUAACGUGUAAAAAGCAUGACAUUAUCGUUCAUGAUUGUAGAAUGCACCCGUCGAUGAAGCCUAAUCUUGCCUAUGUAGAAUCGUACAAGUUUCCCUAUCCAAAUACGGAGGUGUUCAACGACCAAUCUUCAACGGAUCAAGUGUAUGCUUCGGCCUUGAAACCGUUAGUUGACUAUGUCGCCGGUGGUAACGUUGGAACCAUGUUUUGCUUUGGACAAACAGGAAGUGGAAAGACUUUCACAAUAACAGGAUUGGUGAAGCUCUUGUCAAAAGACCUAUUUACACAAUUAGGUAAACAAGGAAAGUUUAGUGUGACUGCUACCUGUAUUGAACUUAUUGGCGAGACAGCCUAUGACCUGUUGAGUGACCACGCUGAGGUGGCCUUAAGAGAAGGAAAAAACGGAGAAGUCGUUAUUUGUGGCAACAAACUUUGUGCAUUGAAUAAUGGAUCUGAAUUCAAUGAGUUGUACAAUUAUGCAGCAAAGUUGAGAGAAACUCAUGCAACCAAGGUGAAUUCCAACUCUUCACGAUCUCAUUACAUUUGUCGAGUUUUCAUUGACGACUCGGCUACUGGAAAACAAUUUGCAAGACUUACUUUGUGUGAUUUAGCAGGAUCUGAAAGAAAUGUAGAUUCCAACGAGCAUGACAUUGAACGACUUAAGGAAACAGCUCAAAUUAACAGUUCUCUGAUGGCCUUGAAAGAAGUCAUUCGAUGUGUAGCUCUUAACAAGGAAAAUGAAGGAAGCAAGGUCCACAUUCCAUUCAGAACAAGCAAACUGACCAGAGUGUUGAAAGACUGCUUUGAAAUUGAUGAAAAAAAGAAGCGUCCACACACUGUUGUUGUUGCAACUGUAUCUCCUCUUGCAUGUGACACAGAACAUACAAUCAAUACUUUAAAGCAUACUUGCCUCAUGAUGAGCAGUGACAGCAACAUGACAGGAGAGAAAAUGGUUGUUCAAGAUGUUCUUGGUGCUGAUCCUUACCAAAAGAAAACCAAUGUUUUGAAACCAAUAGCCAAAAUGACCUAUGAAGAAACUUUGGAAUGGAUUGGUUCUAUUCAGAAAGGAAAAUUCAAGAAGCAUCUCACCAAAUUCCCAACUUCAAUGGAUGGUAAAGCCUUAUCUCGAUUCCCUGACAAGCGAUUGCAGCAAAUCCUUGGAAGUGAAUCACUUGGUUUGGACCUCCGAAAGGAGAUUAUGAAUUACACAGAUAAGUGUAAUCAACAAAAGAAACAACAAGCAGAGGAGAACCGAAACCUCUCCAAAUAA